AUUUACCAACGUCUUAAAAACCUGUUUUCGCUUCGUCAUUAUGGGGUAUUGUGUGUAGAUUGAUGAGCAUUUUUUUGUUAUUUAAUCCAUUUUAGAAUAGGGCUGUAACGUAACAAAAUGUGGAAAAAGUCAUGGCGUCUGAAUACUUUCUGAAGCCACUGUAUCUUAUUUUGUGUUAUUUAUUUUUUACCUCAAACUCUGGGUCUUUUUGUAUCUGUCUGCUCUUGUAUGUUUACUGUAUAUACGAAUUGCAUACUUCAAAUAAAAUAAAAUUUUAUUUGUCACAUACACAUGGUUAGCAGAUCUUAAUGCGAGUAUAGCGAAAUGCUUGUGCUUCUAGUUCUGACCAUGCAGUCUUUUCUACAAAGUACCUAUACACCAUUCUUGUGUGUGUUCAAUAAAAAAUAUUUGAGCAGAAAUUUUGGCCCCUACUUUUCAAAACACAGUGUCAAAAUGUCACACCAGCCUAAGCUCUCUCUAAAUGAGCAUCCUGAACAGAUUAAAAGGGAGAAUCUUAUUUGCAUACUCCUCGUGCCCUCUUUCAUCUCUCUUCGGCUCCUUCUAAAAAAAACAUUGAAUGAGAAAGCCAGAGGUCCCUUGUUUGAAUAAAGGGUGGAUUGUUCUCCAUCCUCCCCUGAUUCAGAAUAAACCAUUUUCUUUGCCAUGGUAUGCUUGGUUCAAUAGCUAUUUACAAGAGAAAACCAAAUAUCCAAUAUAAAACUCAUUUUACCUCAGUGCCGAAUUGAACCACAUACCUAUUGAACCAUAUAUCUACAGGCUCUAAAAAGUUGGGUAAGCAAUACUUUCCUGUGGAUAUUUUGUAUCAAAUUUCAACCAGCUGAAGGAGAAACCUCACAGACAACUGGGUAGAGUAAGUUCAAAUGUAAUUGUAUUAAAUAUUCUGGCUUGUAAGGAACAUUUACACGAUUUUGCAGACAUUAGUUUCAGGCUGUAUAUACCGAUUCAUUGUGUAUUACAGCCUGGUUAAUCAGACUUGCUUCUGUAGUGCUUGGCUGUGUUCGAAAGCAUCAAAACCGUGAUGUAUCUUGGGUAAAUUGUGACAGACUAAACUACAAAUAAUAUUGAGUAGAUAUUUAUGAGGGAAAGUGAUUAUUAGAUGUCUACACGCCCAUUGUGAUUUCUGGCUAUUGGGGGGAGGAGGGUGUGAGAAAAGGUGAAGAUGAGGGAGGCACAACUUUUCUACUAGGUACUGUAGUCAUAAAGCAUCUGAUUAGGAUUGCUGAUCUAGGAUCAGCUUUGCAUUUUAACCAUAAUGAAUAUGAUUAUGUGGACAAAGGGGCCUGAUCCUAGAUCAGCACUUCUGCUUUGUAAAUACAGGCCCAGGUGAAGUUUGGACACACCCACAGAGUGCAUAUUACUCAGAGCAAAAGAAGAGGGGGAAAGAGAUACUGCAGGGCGUGUGGUGUUGAGAGAGAGAGCGGGUGGGGGACUGUAGUGAGUUCGUUUUCACAGGGCCAAAACCUUUUGUGGAUUUACAUAGACAGACGGCCUGUAUAAUACAAUACAGUGGUGUGGGGCUCCAACACCCAGAGGACUGUACAGAGACACGGCACUGUGUGGACUCACACAAGAAAAUCAGGAAAACUUCAUCAGCAUGCAGAGUGUGAGUUCCCCAGGCAGGGGGGGCACCCUGUCGGAGGAGUCGUUCCAGUGUUCUAUCUGCCUGGAGGUCUUCGUGGAGCCCGUCUCUACCCCCUGCGGACACAGCUUCUGCAAGGCAUGUCUGCAGGGCUACUGGGACCACAGCAAGAAGUUCCUGUGCCCCAUGUGUAAGAAGAGCUACAGCCGGAGGCCGGAGCUCAGCAUCAACCGGGUCCUCGCCGAGAUCGCUGCCCACUUCCAGGGCCUCGAAGUAGGGGCUGUUUCACCAAACACGAAGGGGGGUGCGGUGGCUGGGAGUCCGGUGGCGGGUCACAGGGUUCAUGGAGAGUCACCAGCAGCUGCGGCGGAGGGUGGAGAGUUUGCCCGGGCAGGCGAGGUGCCGUGUGAUGCGUGCAUCGGAAGGAAGAUGAGGGCACUGAAGUCGUGUCUCAACUGUCCAGGGUCAUUCUGUGAGGCACAUCUCCGACAUCAUAAGAAGGUGAAGUCUCUGACGUUUCACCGCCUCGUGGAGCCUGUGCAUCAUCUGGAGGAGAAGAUCUGUAAGAAGCAUGAGCGCCUGCUGGAGGUCUACUGCCGCAACGACCACGGCUGUGUCUGUAUCUCCUGCGCCGAGGCCACCCACAAGACUCACGAGAUUGUCUCUGUUGACCGCGAGUGGAAGAAAAAGAUGAAUUAUUUGGGCAAGAGGAGGUCGGAGCUGAAAUACAUGAUCAAGGAGCGGACCAAGAAGCUGGAGGAGAUCAAACAGUCCAUACGGGUCAUCAAAAGCAGUGCUCAGAAGGAGUUGGAGGAGAGCUGGCAGGUGUACGCGGAGCUUCAGUGUCUAGUGGAGCAGAGCCAGGCUGAGCUGGUGGAGCUGAUCUCUACGAGGCAGCGCAAGGCUGAAAGGCAUGCCCAGGAGCUGGCCCGAGGACUGGAGAGCGACCUGAGUCAUCUCAGGAAGAGGAACGAAGAGUUGGAAGCCCUGGCACAGAACCAGGACAAAGUCAUCUUCCUCCAGAGACUGUCCGCCCUAGCGCUCCUCCCAGAGCCCAUUGAUUGGUCAGGAGUGAGUGUGAACACUGACCUGUACCUGGGUACCAUCCAAUCAUCCGUCAGUGCUCUCGUCGACAAGUUCCAGGAAGAAAUCAAGAGCCUGUAUGGAAAAGAGCUAAGGAAGCUGCAGAACUAUGCAAGUGAGGUGUUCUUGGACCCGGGCACAGCCCAGAGGAACCUGGUCCUGUCAGAGGACGGUCGCCAGGUGAUGUACGAGGAACGAAAGCACAACCAGUCAGAAGGCACUCGCCGCUUCAACCCCGCCCUCUUCGUGCUCGCAUGCGAGUGCCUCUCCUCGGGACGCCAUUACUGGGAGGUCGAUGUGGGCCGUAAGACCGCCUGGACUGUGGGCGUGGUGCGAGCAUCGGCCCGCCGGAAGGGAGAGAUCAAGCUGAGCCCCGAUGGAGGGUACUGGUGCCUGUGGCUGAAAAGUGGGGAGGUCAAGGCUCUGGCUUCCACCCGACUGGCCCUGCAGCUGGCCUCUUACCCCCAGAAGAUUGGGAUCUUCCUCGACUACGAAGGCGGCCAGGUGUCGUUCUACGACGUCAAGAAGCACACGCACCUCUUCACAUUUGAGGAUACCUUUAAUGAGAGUUUGUACCCCAUCUUCAGCCCCUGUCUCAAUCAAGAGGGAAAGAACGCGGCCCCCCUCAUCAUCAGUGCAGUGGAUGUUACAGAACACUGUAAUGUUAAGUAUGACCGUGCACGGUCUUCUCUGCCAGUAAUGGCUUACCUUGCAGGAAAUCAUGGAAAUCUGACGGAGGAGCAGGUCCACUGCUCCAUCUGUCUGGACGUGUUCACCAACCCUGUCUCCAUACCCUGUGGACACAACUUCUGCCGCUGCUGCAUCCUAGACUACUGGAAGACCACCACCCUGUUCCAAUGCCCCAUGUGCAAGAAGACCUUCUUCAAGCGGCCCGACAUUAGCAUCAAUACCGUCCUGAGGGAGAUCGCUGAGCAAUUUAAGGACAUCCGGGUUAGCAACGCCGAGCGUCUCCAGCAGCAGGAACUGAAAGAGGAACGAGAUUUGCAGAAGAAGAUGGAAGAGCAGAAGAAGAAGGAGGAGGAGCAGAAAACGAUGGAGCGGGAAAUGAAGAUGAAAGAACAACAGGAGCUGGUUCAAAAGCAGCAGAAACUUCUCCAGGAGCUGAGACUGAAGCAGGAGAUGCAGAAGCUGCAGCUGCCACAGCUGCAACGAACGACGAGCCAGGAACCGGAGAAACCAAUAGAAGGAAAACCAGGAGAGAAGCCAGAGGGAGAGCCAGAGGAACCUCCAGCCGAUGCUCCUCCAUCCUCACCCCACAGCCCAUGGGGCGAGGUGUCGUGUGAUGUCUGCAUGGGCGACCGGAUGAAGGCCGUCAAAUCCUGCCUGGUGUGUCUGACCUCAUACUGUGAGGAACACAUCAAGAACCACAACACACGCUUCACCAAACACAAGCUGAUCGAACCCGUGACUAACCUGGAAGAGAGGAUGUGUCCCAAGCACGAGAGGCUUCUGGAGCUGUUCUGCAAGAAAGACCAUAUCUGUGUGUGUGUGCUGUGUACGGAGACGGACCACAGAGCUCACUUUACUGUACCUGUAGAGAGGGAGUGGACUGAUAAGAAGGCUCAGCUGAAGAAGACCGAGAUAGAUGUGCAGCAGAUGAUCCAGGAAAGACUGAAGAAGAUGGAGGAGAUCAAGCACUCAGUGGAGCUGAAUAAGUCCAGUGCCCAGAGGGAGAUCGAGGACAGCAUGCAGGUGUUCCAGGAGCUGAUUCGGUCCAUCCAGAGGACCCAGGCUGAGCUGGUGCUGGCUAUAGAGGAAAAGCAGAGAGAGACAGAGAGGUGGUCCCAGGGCCUGAUAGGGGAGCUGGAACAGGAGAUCACUGAACUACAGAGGAGGAAUACAGACCUGGAGCACCUCUCACGCACAGAGGACCACAUCCACUUCCUACAGAGUUUCCCAGCCCUGUGUACCCCUCCAGCCACUAAGGACUGGUCUGGGACCCGUGUACACACUGAAGUGUGUGUUGGGAUCAUCAGGAGAGCUGUGUCCAAAUUGGAAGAGACGCUGAGUGAGGAAAUUGACAAACUGGUGGACUCUGAGCUGAAGAAGAUUCUUAAGUACACAGUGGACCUGACCCUCGACCCAGACUCAGCCAACCCUUGGCUCCAGCUCUCGGAAGACCGCCGUCAAGUUAGGCACCUGGGAACGUGGCAGGACCUCCCGGACAUCCCAGAGCGGUUCGACACUGUGGUCAUUGUCCUGGGUCGCGAGGGCUUCACCGCGGGACGCCACUACUGGGAGGUCCAGGUGGGGGACAAGGAUGACUGGUACCUAGGCGUGGCCAAGGCAUCAGUCAACAGGAAGGGGCGUAUCGCCGUCAGCUCCUCCCAGGGAUACUGGGCACUGGCCAUGAAGAAAGGCCAGGGAUAUAGGGCCUCCACGACCCCGCCGUUACCUCUAACCCUUGACGCCAAGCCGAAGAGGGUUGGGGUGUAUGUGGAUUGCGAAGAGGGCCAGGUUUCGUUUUACGACGUGAAGGAGAGGAGUCAUAUCUAUACAUUCAUGGAGGACAACUUUAAGGAUAAGUUGUUUCCGUUCUUUUAUCUGUACUGUUGUGAUAAACAGUCGGAUGCCAUGGUGAUCUGUCCGAUCAAUGAAAAGAGUCUGAUCAAGCAAUGCUGAGAAAUACUCUGACAACAACUCUGAAAGACUACAAUUCUGUCUGCAGAAAAUACUGUGACAUAUGGUCUUGGUAGGGAAACCGUAAAACAAUUAUACAUUGACACUUAGCGGUGGCUUGAUGUACUUUGGGGGUGAGUGCCCGACGUCAAUAUCCUUGACCUUAUUGAUAUUUGUUAUGGUGAUAACAAGCUGAUUUAUUUUGUUAUCCAGCACCCCUAGGCCCCUGGUCAGUUGAACCCUGUUGAGAAAGAUUGCAUCUCUGGCAACAACUCUGAAAGACUACAAUUCUGUGUGCAGAAAAUAGGGGAGAGUGGGGUAUGUUUAACCAUUGUUUACAUUCAGCAUCACUACGUCAAGGGAAAUAUAGUAUUCUUUCUAACAAAGAUAUCUACAUAUAUUUCACAAUGUGGUUUAUCCCUGAAAAUGAUUAGAAUUCAUGUAAACAUAACGGUUUUGAAAACAUAGCCUUUCCACAAAAUAAAAAGUGGUUGGCUCAACUUACCCUGGGUAUGGGGUAAGUUGAGCAUAGGGACAGGGUAAGUCGAGCCGCCUUGGGGUAAGUGGGUGAUGGUGUCCUGUGACAGUGGUUGAUGGUGCUGUUAGGUCAAAGUUUAAUUCAUGGAAUGGGUAUACUGUAUAUCUUAAAUAUAGGUGUACAUUCAGAUAUAGAACUCUCUGUUCAAUAUCCCAUACCCUUUGUCUGGGACAGGGAUGUUGUUUUGAUGUGCCAAUUUGUAGGCUAGUUCUCUGCAUUUGAGGCUACUAAGCCCAUGAAACUGGUCCAAAAGAUUAUUGAUGUGUUUAGCAAGCUCAAACUCUAUGUCAUCAGAUAAGACCAUACAGUAUCUGCAUCUGCUACUCCGACCAUAGCCUCUCUUUCGCACAGCUACAUGUUCAUUGUAUUUUUCUGUCAUUGUCUAUUUUUUUCAUCCCUUGCUGCUGCUUGAGAUGGACUUCUUCCCUUCUCUCAUUUCCUUGGCUGCUCGCUCAAGAACCUCUUUGGCGCUAGAACCCUGCUUGUUUUACGUUUGUAUACACGGGACAUGAUGUCUGCUCUGGAACAAUAGAAGUGCACUCUCUUGAGUUCAUAUGUUCAGACACAUUGCAAAAAUACUAUGCGUGUUAUGCAUAAAACUGACAAAAUGUAAUCAUUUGUAUGGGGUAUGGUGGCCAUUGGCUCAGCUUAACCCAUGGCCAUUGGCUCUACUAACCCCAAGGCAAACAAGAAUGCACAUUUGUAAAAGGUUUAGGACCUCAUAUUCAUCAGAUCCCAACUGAUGUAUCAAUCAAUCAUAAAACGAUCUACUUUGCUUGAGAUACAAGCAUCAUGAAACUUAUAAACAAAAAAUGCAUUUGUUUCAUGAAAAUCAGUUUUUUGGACCUGACUUGCUUGCCACUUUUUCCAUGUGGGUUCUUCCUUCACAGACACCAUGAAAUGAUGACCUCUUCCUAAAUAUUUGGUCACUUGAUUAAUUUGAUGUUUGCUUUCCUAGAAACAAGGGUUGGCUCAACGAACCUUUUUACUCAACUUACCCCACUCUCCCCUACCUCAAAGCUGCAAUAUGUAACUUUGUGGGUGACCAGACCAAAUUCACAUAGAAAUGUGAGUUAUAGAUCUGUCACUCAUUGAAAGCAAGUCUAAAAAGCAGUAGAUCUGUUCUGUGUGUGCCUCCCAUUCUGACGUUUAGUUUUUGCAUCUUUUACAUUCAGUUUUGCAGACCAGCUUCAAACAGCUGAAAAUACAAUAUUUUCAGUUAUUCUAUGGUACAAUGAUUCACUACACUAUACAUUGAUUGUUUUGUUACAUAAACUGAAAUCAGGUGAACUAUUCGAAUUUUAGCAUAUCGCACCUUUAACAUAUAAUCCUAAUAGGUGUAGGUAGGAUGAUAGUGUUGUUUUUUGUUUGUGUUUUUUUUUUAUGGCAUAUAUCCUGUUGUUUAAAGUCUAGAUUAAACAUCAAAAUGAAUAUGAAUCUAACAGACAUGGGUUUAAAAUACUUGAAAAUAAUUUCAUUAAAAAAAAAAAAAUCUGUGCCUAUUUCAGCUUGCCUGACUUAAUAAACCAAUAGAUACAUCUCAAAACUGCUAAUCCUGCCCAUCUGACACUCCUGGCAGAGUAUUUGAACCCAGGUCAAAAAUGUAACAUGCUUUAAUUGUAUCUAUGAUGAAGACAGUAUUGUUCACUGACUUGCACUUUAGCAUUGCAUGCCUAUUUACAUAUUCAAUGUACACUGUAAAAAUAGGACAAGGAUUUUC